CACACGAAAUGUCCAAAGCAGUUCUCGCCGCCGCAGAAAAGACAAAGAGCAAGGACAAGGCAGGCCCCAGUGAAGGGGUCAAGCCAAGGAAGGACAAAGUCCUCAUGCUCUCCUCUCGAGGUGUCACUCAGCGCAUGAGGCAUCUUAUGCGAGACCUCGAAGCUUUGUUACCGCAUGUCAAACGAGACUCUAAGCUCGACACAAAAUCAUCUCUCCAUCUCCUCAACGAAUUAGCGGAUCUCCACUCUUGCUCAAACACCCUUUACUUUGAAGCCCGACGACAUGAAGACCUUUAUCUCUGGCUUUCUCGAUCUCCCAACGGCCCUAGUGUCAAAUGCCACGUUCAAAAUUUGCAUACCAUGGAUGAGCUCAAGAUGACCGGAAACUGUUUGAAGGGAAGCAGAGGUUUGGUUUGCUUUGAUGGAUCGUGGGAAGGAGAACACUGGAGCUUGAUGAAGGAGAUGUUCACACAUGCUUUUAGCGUUCCCAAGACUUCCAGGAAAUUGAAGCCUUUCAUUGACCACAUCUUGCUCUUCUCACUUUUGGACAACAAGAUUUGGUUUAGGAACUACCAAAUAAUUGAAAAAGAUCCUCUUACUCCCUCCGGCCCUCCUCAAUCGUCCCUUGUCGAAAUCGGUCCCCGAUUCGUCCUUACUCCCAUCAAGAUCUUUGAAGGCUCUUUUGGUGGUCCCACCCUCUUUUCCAACUCUGAAUUCAUCACUCCUGCGGCCAUGAGGGCGAGUGUGAAGCGCAUUGCUGGUGAGAAGUACAGGGUCAGGAAGGAGGGUGAGAAGGACAGGGAAGAGAGGAGAAAAAGGGUCAGAGAAGACGUCGAGGAGGACGAGUUGGCCAGAAAGAAGGUGUUUGCUUAGAGCGCUUGACCUUACUGUAUGUAUUCUUUGCCAUCACGAUAUUCAAUGUGUCCGCUUGCUAGCAUCAAACAGGAUUCAUGAGGAUUGAUAAACAGAUUACAAUGAUUUGGGUUACUUCUAAAUAGCCACGAUUCUCAAGGGGAUGUAACUGAGCCGUUUUCCCCAUUCCUUGGCGAAUUAUGUUCAACUUGUGCUUCUGCUUGAUGAUCUUGUCGCAAGAUAUCGAUCUUUUCCAGCCACUGUUUUGCAUUGUCUCGGGAACCGGUAUCAAGGUAGUAAGCCGACUACCAAGUGAUCAAUAACUUCUUGAAGAAAAUACAGGGAAACUUACAUGACCACAAACGACCCUCACAUACGCCUUUCCCAGCCCACACACCUUCAAAUUAUCCUUUAUCUCGCUCAUUCUCAAUAUAGCAAAUGUGCAAAAGUCGACAUCCUUUUCGUUUGAAUCUGCGAGUAGCACUAGCCGAUCGCUGAGCAAGACACCUAACAGAUUCCGGCCAAUUAAGUCGGUAUGGUUGUGCUGGUAAUAGAUUGUAUCCAGAGUCUCCCUUCUUUCUCCCGGGAAAAGAAGCUCUUCAUUGUCGAUCAUGAAGUGAUCACGAACAAUGCUGAUCGAUUCGCGGGUCAGGUAACGGACCAGAGUGAACGGGCCUUCCAUGAUGAGAUCAGGGGAGUCCAAAGCCAAAGUCUGGUUGAUAAAGGUAGCUGAAUGAUCAGGGCGUAGCUGGGAGCGUAGUUGGGCAAAUCGUCUGGCUUGAGAAACGCGAGUGCCGAGGGAUGACAUGGACUUGUAGGCGAUAUCCAACGCAUCAUCGUUUUGGCUUUGAGGAGGAGUCUGGCGAGCCAGAUGUUUGAGCUGAGAAAUAGAGUCAGCGCUUCAGAGGAAGUUCUAAAUAUUGCGCUAGAGACUUCAACUCGUGCUCUGGGUGCUUCUUACGCUCAUGGCAAAACUCUUCAACCCACAACUCGUGGCCUGAAGGGUUCCCUGGCGGCUCUACCCACAGAUCGGCAGUGAGGAUAGCGUCCCAAACACUUCUGCCGUAGGCACUGUAGUAACCUUUCAACUCAUCUGCGCGACUGUUGAACACCUCUGCGAUUUCAUAAAUAGCCCGUUUUGACCACACACCGUCAGUAUCAUGUCCCAUCGCCUUCAUCUGUCGGAUGAUCAUAGUGAUUGUCGGGUAGAUGUCCACAGUAUGGUAGUUGAUGAUUUUCCGGAUGUCGCUGAACACUGUCCUUCGCUCGUCCUCGGGAAUUUCGAAGAAGUGUUGUCCUCCGGGGCCCAUCUGAAUAGGUUGAGACAUUGGAAGGAUGUAAAUUUUGC